UGACACAUGCAACAGAUUUAAGCUUUCUUGUUUUGAUACUUUGUGGCAUUGGAAUGUCAUCGGCUGUAACACAUGUCACAGUGAUGGAGGGCGAGAGAUUAACUCUGAAAUGCAGGAAGUCACCGGGCCAUAUGGACUGGAAAAAUAAAAGAGAUGAAGUUCUAUUUUUCAACAAUAUAAAAGCUUGCCUGGACAGCAGAUAUAGCAUCCUCAGCUUUUCUGGUUCAGACUACACUUUAGCAGUAUCACCUGUGACUUUCAAAGAUGAGGGCAUGUAUUCAUGCUACCAUUACAGCAACAACUCACCAAAAGUCACAGUAAGGCGAUACAAUGUGACCGUUUUAGGUGCGCCCAAAAUAACAUACACCAAGCAUGGAGACAGAACUCUUGUAAAAUGUUCAGCAAAAGGAAAUACACCUCCUGUAGUGUCCUGGCAGAUUGGCAGUGGAAUUGACCUUGAAGCUCGACCACAGUACAAGAAACAAGACAAAACAGGCAAAUGGACCACAGAAGAUAUUAUAAGUAUCAAAGUCCUUACGAGGGAGGAGACAUUGAAAUGUGUACUUCUUGACCCCACUUUGCGUAGUCCUCUUGGAGUCCGAUUUGUGACCCUAGAAAACAAAGAAUUCAAACAAUAUACAACACAAACAAGCACAGCCCAGACGUCAACAUCAGCAACAUCUCACACCACAGAUUCACCACAUGUAUCAACAUAUUUCAGUAUCACAGGAGGGACGGACCACAUGAACACCACUAGCAUGGAAACAAGUCAGCACACAGAUACAAACAUCAAUACAACUUCCACACUAGAGGGCUCCAGUUCAACACCAGUCAAUACCAGCUCCACAUUAGACAGCUCCACUUCUGUUACAGAAAAUGUCACCAGGAAUUUCACAGAAGAGGUAAAUGAGAAACAAGAACGACGAGAGGGAGGGAGCGCAUCACUCUUCAUCACUGCUGUGACAGCCCUAAUUAUCUGCCUGCUGAUAGUUGUCACAUUCUUUGUUGUCAAGUUGAGAAGAGCACACAAGAAGUGGAAAUUAGAAAAAGAAGACUCAGAUCAGUCUGUGGAGAGUGGCAAAUCAAAAUCAAGUGGGGAAGAGGGGAAGCCUAAAGUAUCCCUUGGUUUCCUGAAGAGCAAUUUCAGAAAAUAUAGGUCUAGGGAGGGUGCCUUUGGUACACAAACUUCGGCUUCAACUUCAGCAUCCACUCUUGCAUCGAACCCAGCAUCAGCUGCAGCAUCCCAUUCAGCAUCACACACAGUAGAGGUCACUGUGGAAAAUCAUGCCAUCAAUGGCAUCAAGCCAACUCAAAACCAUGGAGCUGCACCAGUGAAAGAGACUGAACUGUGAUGUUAAACUUAUAAGCAUAAUAGCAUUUUUUGUUGCCAUUUUGUUUUGUUGUUGUCAUUGGUGCUAAACCUCAGGAUGUCUGUUUUUGAUGGAUUGUGAUCAUGGGUUAUGUCAGUCUUGAAAUAUUAGCCUAAAUAUUUUCCCUGAAAUUAUGUAAAUUAUUAUUAUAUGAACUGAAUGCUGUGUAUUCAUCAUAUACUCCAAAGUAGCUAGUCUAUAUAUAUGCUGAAUGAAAGUGUUGUCAAUAA